AUGGCACGACGUACCGACCAAAUUGGUUACAUUUUUUUAAUUCUUUACGAACAUUUAUGUGUGUUUCCGCUUUCAGUUCUAUGCGCAUGCGCUACACAUGUGGAAUCGGAGAACAGUUGUGCAUCGACUGUCAGUACAAAUGAUCCGAUUCCUUACCCGAAAUAUCCUCUGACUCUCACAGAUCUUACUGACACGAUAAUUGGGGGCUCGAACACUUCAAGAAAAUACUACGAACUGUAUGCCUUCGUCACGGGACCACCUAGAAUAGUACUAAACAAAGUGGCGAUACAGUGGUUCACAAAUAGUACCGGAUAUUUCAAUAACUUCGCUGGGUGGCUUCAAGAUGCAACGUCAGGUUUCGGUUUCUGUGUACCCGGUGAUCUUCAACUGUUUCCGGCGCUCGAAUCCAAACAAGUGCAGUUCGAGUUCGAUACUCUUUUUCCGACACCAGAGCGCUAUAUUGGCACCAUAUUUUCUUCAUGUCCAAAACGUUACCAUAUAAACUGGUAUUGUCCACGGACAAAGUUGGUUGAAGUGGGAUCGCAUUUGGUCUGUCUAGCGGACAUUCGCAUGAACAUUUACAGCGCCUAUGGUAUGAAUGGGUUGCCAUGGGACCUGGUUGUGGCUGACCUCUGCAAGAACAAGAUGCCAUGGAUUGAUGACCCGCGAUGGGUGUUUACCCAUGACGCCCCACAACAAUGCACGUGGCCCGCUAACAAACGCUGAGUCCACCAUAGACAGAACUGAUGCAACAUUGGGCACAUCGGUUCAAGUAAUAAUGCAGAUCUUUGUCGUAUAUUACAUACAAGUAGGCCGAUUUUAAAUGACAACCACAUCUUUACCAAGUUAACAUUGACAGUUGCAGAAUCGCCUUAUCUAAGAAUAUCAUCUUUGCCCAAAAGGAAUUGUGUUUAAACUCGUUUUGUAGAAAAUUUGCACUAAUGUCUUUAUUAGGACAUACAUUCUUUUAUGAUUAAAUAUUCUGAAUUGCACUUUGAACUACAGUGAUAUUAUAUGAUAUUAUAUUAACAUAUAUAGGAUGUGUUUUGUUGUAUGUGAACUCAUGGGCAUUUCUUCUGCGAUGUAAUAAACAAUUGACCAUAAAGUGGUAUAAUAGUUUUCUUCGACGGGCUUCUUUGUUUGAUUAAUUCAUAGACAACAAAGUGAAAAACAUAUACGUUUUAUUGUUGAUGUUUAACAUGUUUUUUCUGAUGAUUUCAACUGUUGUUU